AUGACUUCAGUUAAACAUCCUAAAAUAAGUGUCUUAGGUGCAGGAGAUAUAGGUUGUGCUUUAGCUCAUAUGAUUUGCGAAAAAAAUUUAGGUGAUGUUGUUUUACAUGAUUUUAGAAAAGAUUUGCCAAAAGGAAGAGCAUUAGAUAUUUUACACACAAGACCUUUAAAUAGAUCUAGAAUAAAUAUAUUAGGAACAAAUGAAAUAACAGAUAUAAAAGAUUCAUUAGUUGUAGUAGUCACAAUAGAAGUAUCAGAACGUGAAUUUGCAGAAUUUGAUGAAGAAGAUAUAGAAAAACAAGUAUAUACAUCCAACGUAAAACUAUUAAAGGAUGUAGCCAAAUAUAUUAAAAAACAUUGCCCACAAGCUUUUGUUGUAGUUACUACAAGUCCUGUUGAUUGUAUGGCAAAAGUUUUACAAGAACAUGCAAAUAUACCAUCUCAUAAAAUUUGCGGUAUGGCUGGUGUUUUGCACAGUGCAAGAUUGAGACAUAAUUUAGCCGAAAAAUUGAGAAUUAAUCCAGGUGAUGUUCAAGGAUUUGUAAUAGGAGCACACGGAGAUAAAAUGGUUCCUCUACCUAGAUAUUGUUGUGUAAAUGGUAUACCAUUAAAUGACUUUACAAAAAAAGGAGCUAUAACAGAUAAAGAAAUUAAUCAAAUAGUUGAAAAGACAAGAAAUACAGGUUUAGAAUUACUAGAAUUAUUACCUGAAGGAUCAGCAUGUUUUGCUCCUUCUUUGGCUAUUGUUGAAAUUAUUGAAGCUUAUUUGAAAGACUUAAAAAGAGUUCUUGUUUGUUCAGUAUUAUUAAAUGGUCAAUAUGGUCACAAAGGAGUUUUUGCUGGUAUUCCAGUAGUAAUAGGAGGAAAAGGUAUAGAAAAAAUAAUUGAACUUGAUUUGAAUGCACAAGAAAAAGAACUUUUUGAUGAUUCUCUUAAACAUAUUAGUUAUUUAUUUGAAAAUUACAAACAUGAAGCAGUAGUAGAUGAAGAAACAAAGCCAAACUAA